AUGGCUGCUGGCGGCAAAACUGCCCUAACCAUCCUGGGCUAUGCAGCUUGCCCAUCCCAGACUUGGGAUCGCUUGGUAGAGGAAGUGGUGAGAGAAGGGGGGGGAAGCCACACUUUGGAGUUUUUCUUUGCCGAAACACCGUUGAAAGCAGUGACAUCUUCCAUCAAGCUGGCAGCUCGGAAGCUGGGGCUGUCCCUGUCAGCCACAAUUCCUGCAAGUGCCAAGAAGUUGCGGAACAUGGGACGUCAUGCAAGUGAUCCUCUGGAGUUUUCCAAUUUCCAGGUCUUCAAGCUGGCCACAUCUCUCAAUGUGCCCUCAGUCUUGGCAGCUGGGGAAAUCAGAGUUGAGGAUGGGGUCUACCGUGUUGUUUGCGAUGUCUUUGAAGCUGGUCUGGUGGGCACCUUCAAAAACUCAGAGGAUUGGUCUCUGGAAAUGAC